AUGCAGACCUACCUGCAAUCUAUCACUGUGAGGCUUGAGGAGUGGAGGCUAAAGCGACGUGAUACUGAGGAGUGGAUGACGCAUCGCCAACUCCCUCGAGAUUUGCAAGAACGUGUUCGGAGGUUUGUACAAUACAAGUGGCUUGCAACACGAGGAGUUGACGAAGAUUCUAUACUGCAUGCCUUGCCUACAGAUCUUCGUAGAGAUAUCCAACGCCACUUAUGUUUGGACCUUGUUCGACGUGUCCCCUUUUUCUCAGAGAUGGAUGAUCAACUACUUGAUGCCAUAUGUGAGCGCCUCCUAUCAUCCUUAAGUACUCAAGGCACCUACAUAGUUCGUGAGGGGGAUCCCGUUACAGAAAUGCUUUUUAUUAUCAGAGGGAGACUAGAGAGCUCAACUACAAAUGGAGGCCGAACAGGUUUCUUCAAUUCAAUUACAUUGAGACCUGGCGACUUUUGCGGUGAGGAACUUCUUGCAUGGGCACUGCUUCCAAAAUCUACUCUCAACUUGCCUUCUUCGACAAGAACAGUGAGAGCCCUUAAUGAAGUGGAAGCCUUUGCAUUGCGAGCAGAAGAUCUCAAGUUUGUAGCCAAUCAAUUUAGACGUCUCCACAGUAAGAAGCUUCAACACACAUUUCGUUGUUACUCUCACCACUGGAGGACUUGGGCUGCCUGUUUCAUUCAGGCUGCUUGGUGCCGACACAUGAAGAGAACGAUGGCAAAGAACCUUAGCAUGACAGAGUCAUUCUCCUCUUUUGCUCCUGAUGAGCAAGUAGUUGAUGAAACAGAACAAGAAAGCGAAGAGGACAAUGCUAAACCAGUAAAUUCGUCUCAAGCAAAACAGAACUUGGGAGUCACAAUACUGGCUUCAAGAUUUGCUGCUAACACAAGGAGAGGAGCUCAGAAGACCAAGGAUGUUGGAUUGCCCAAGUUGCAGAAGCCUGAAGAGCCUGACUUCUCGACUGAGCCAGAUGAUGACUAGUUUUUUUUGAACUGUAGAUGAUGACUAAUUCAAAUGUGGUAACAGUGUGAGUUAUGACAACCGCCACUAUCAAGGGAGAAAGUUGCAGAAUCCUUUAAAGAAAAUUCCAAAAUUAGGUGAAGGUUUGGAUCUUCAUACAAGAACACAUGAUGCACAGCUCUAAUUGCAUUAGUUGUAUUGUAGUGUAAAAGCAUGCCAUUCAGUAGAGGUAAGCUGCUUCCAAUUUAUUUGCUUUCCUUGACAAAUACAUGUAGCAUGCCUUGGAAACGUGUCAGGUAAUGGUUAAGAGCAGUCAGCAGUGCAGGCAUAGCUUGUUGCAUAAUUUGAGGUUUUGAAAUUCUGGUUCAAUAUGUAUAUCAGAGUUCUGCUUUUAUGCAUUUUUUUUUUUGGGGUUCAAGUUUUAGGACAAUAUAAACUUCAUUGUUAGUGUGAUAUUUGCU